GUCUUUGCCUCUUUGUGGCGCUUCCAUCGACCAAGUUCUGCACUAUAAAUGCUUCUCUAUCUCCCCUCCUCCUGCAUCCCACCAACAAAAUACUGGAAUCCCUCGAGAAUUCCUUGUGAAUUACGGGAAAAAGCAGGAAGCCAUGACGACUCUCUGCUCCUUCUUCCUGCUCCUCCUCCUCUUCUUCUUCUUCCCCACCUUCACGGCCUCGAAGCCAGUAGUUCUUCCCCUCCAAACCAUGAAGAUUUCCUCGGUAAAGCACACCACACCAACAAGCAAGCUUCUCUUCCGCUAUAACUACAGCUUGGUGGUUCCCCUCAAGGUGGGCACACCUCCACAGCAAAUCAACAUGGUGGUCGACACCGGAAGCGAGCUGACAUGGGUUCAGUGCCAGCCCUCUCCUGAACUCAGAGGCCCAAUCUUCAACCCUUCGAAAUCUUCCUCCUACCAUCCUCUCGCUUGCGCUUCAGACGUCUGCGCGAACAAGGCCAGAGACCUUCCUUCCCCGCCCAUCUGCGACUCCAAGAAACUCUGCCACUUUGCUCAGGCCUACGCCGACGGUUCGACCAGCGAAGGCACCAUAGCCACCGAGACCGUCUCCCUCGGCGACCUCACCCUCCCCAGCCUGGUAAUCGGCUGCACCACCUCGAGCUAUAGCUCCACCAAGGACGAUCAGACCAUGACCGGACUGAUCGGCAUGAACAGAGGAGCGCUCUCCUUCGUCUCGCAGGUGGGCUCGCCCCGGUUCUCUUACUGCAUCUCCGACACGUCUUCUUCUGGGGUGCUGGUCAUCGGCGAGUCGGACCCGGUCUGGGCGUCGGCGGCGUUGAACUAUACGCCGUUUGUUGGUGUCUCGAUGCCGCUGCCGUACUUUGAUCGCGUGGCCUACUCUGUCCAGUUGGUGGGGGUUAGGGUGGCCGGAAAGGUGCUGCCGCUACCGAAGACGGUCUUCGUGCCGGACCACACCGGCGCGGGGCAGACCAUGGUGGACUCAGGGACCCAGUUCACGCUGCUGCUAGGUCCGGUCUACACGGCCUUGAAGAACGAGUACUUGCAGCGAACUAGGGGAUUGCUGGGGGUGUACGAGGACAAGAACUAUAUUUUCCAGGGAGCACAUGACCUUUGCUACAGGUGGUCCGGCCGGGUGCUGCCGGCGCUGCCGCCGGUGGUGCUCAUGUUCAAUGGGGCGGAGAUGGCGGUGACCGGGGAGAGGCUGCUGUACAAGGUGCCGGACAGGGCAGGGGUGUACUGCUUCACGUUUGGAAACUCGGACCUGGUGCCCGUGGAGGCAUACAUCAUAGGCCACCACCACCAGCAAAACAUGUGGGUCGAGUACGACAUAGAGAGGUCGAGGCUGGGCUUUGCUCCGGCUAGGUGCGACCUGGCUCGCCAAAGGUUGGUCCGGGGCUAGGGGACUAGGGCUGAUGUGCUCGCUCGCAACUUUUUCUUGGACUGUCUGUUAAUAGUUUUUUGAAUUUGGUCUCAGAAAAAGUACAUGUACAGGUCUCUCUAGCCAAAGUUGUCACUUUGUAUAUGAAAAAUUUUACCAAGAAUUGCAGGAUGAAAACGACUGGUGAGGACCCUUAUAUAUAAAUAUAUAUAUAUAUAUACAUAGAGAUUAGAGAGAGAGCAUGUUUCCUUCAUUUCUC